CUGGAUGAGCUUGGAGGUCUUUUCCAACCUUGGUGAUUCUAUGGUUCUAUGAUUCCAUGACUUUACUUCAAUUCACCCCAUGGGUGACCCCGGUGUUGGUCUCCUCAACUUUGGAUCUGGGAGGUGACCACUCCUUUGCCUAUGAUGGAAGCACAGCGGUGAUGCAGGCACUCGCUGAGGUCACAGUGGUUGCCGGGCUGGGAGCGUUUGUGUCCCGGCUGGGAGCAGAGCUGGUGCUCUGGUGAGCGUGGUGCACACCGAGAUCGAGCUCUGUGCUUUUAUUGAGAGAUCCUCCUUUAGAGCCCACUGGGAGCAGCGCUGCGGCGUUGUGCAUCAGCUGGGCACAGCUCCGGCCCAGCAGGCUGACCAGGGUUCCUCGGGGAUCGAGGCAGCUGAACGAGUGAAGCCAGCUCCUCCCAAGAGCGAGGGAGGUGUGGAGAGAACCCUCACACCUUGGGCUUCCUCUGCCACUUCAGCCAUCAUGUCCCAGCGAGGAGAUGACCGUGGUUCCAAUUCCUCCUCUGUGAGAGCAAAGAAGCAGCGCGGCGCGGUUCCCCGCGGUCGGGAGCAGCAGCCAGCAGGCUGCCAGAGAUCCAGCAGCGCCUGGCAGCGCACAGAGGGACGCGAUGGGGACGGGCCGUCCUCAGUGCCAAGCAAAAGGACGGAGCCUGCGCGUCCGUGGAACGGUGCUGGGCAAGGGGGGAAACGGAAAGCCUCCUCUGAAGCUGAUGCCAGUGGCCUUCCUGUGAAGCGCAGCCUUGCGGAAAGGCAGGGGGGAGCUACAGACCAUGACGUGGCACCCAAGAGAGAGAGAGGUGCUGAGCCCGGUGCCAAGAUCUACAUGAAAGCGGUGCAGGACGUCCUUUGUGAGAGAGCUCGUCUCCAGGCUGGAGGGCUUCCCACAGCAGCAGGUCCCAGCUCAGGGAGAAGACCUUCCCCUGCCGUGUGCCCCCGCUCUGUCUCCAAGUCCCUGGCUGGAGGCAAACGCAAGGGCUUGGAAGCAGAGCAGCAAACAGCAGCGCAGCUGCCUGCAAACAAAAGAGCGAGGGCUCAGAGCGGAGGCAGCGUGCCGGCUCCAGCAGCACAGCCUGGGCCUGCUGCAGCACGGAGCUCCAAGCUGAGAGAGGGGAAAAGAGUCGAAGCCUACGAAGGCCCAAGGCAGUGAGCAAGAAGACAACAAAGAGAGAGAAGAGUGGAACUGA